AUAGCGAAAAAGUGGCAGACCACUCUUUAACAUGUAGUUACUCUUUAAACCUUAGCAAAAGACCAGCAAGCAGUUUCACUUUCAUUCAUCAAAUUUCAAAAAACAAAAUGCCAAAAUCUUCUAAUCAUUUCAUCUUCUUGUUUCUUUCCUGCAUUUUCGUUUCCACAGAUGCCAUCCAACUGGUACUAGUAAACAACUGCAAAGAAACAAUAUGGCCAGGAAUCCUCGGCGGCGCCGGCCACGAAACACCCCGAGGCGGCGGCUUCCCUCUCAACUGCGGCGAACAAACAACCCUCGAACUCCCUGAAAGAUGGUCGGGUCGAAUCUGGCCUAGACAAGGUUGCUGUUUCGACGAAACCGGAAAAGGCUCAUGUCAAACAGGUGAUUGUUCAGGCCUUUUACAAUGCCAAGGCAUCGGCGGAAAUCCACCGGCAACGCUCGUUGAAAUGACACUCGGUGGUCCAACAUCGGGUCUACAUUACUACGACGUGAGCUUAGUCGAUGGAUUCAAUGUCCCCGUCUCAAUGGUCCCUAUAGGUGGUGGCGUUGGGUGUGGAGUAGCCGCCUGUGAGACUGAUUUAAACGUUUGUUGCCCGGCGGCAUUGGUGGUGAAGAAAGAAGGGAAAGUGGUGGGGUGUAAGAGUGCAUGUUUAGCUGCUAAAACCGAUAGGUAUUGUUGCACCGGUGAGUUUGGGGAUCCAAAAAGCUGUAAGCCCACCAUUUUUGCUCAUCUUUUUAAAGCUAUUUGUCCAAGAGCUUAUAGCUACGCUUUUGAUGAUGCUUCAAGUCUUAAAACUUGUAGGGCUCCUAGGUAUCUCAUUACCUUUUGUCCUCCAAACUGAUGUGGUUUCAUUGUUGAGAUCAUUGGGUUUCUAUUAUGGUUUGAGGUUUUUUCCUUAUGUUAUUAGUAAAUUGUUGCUUUAAUUGUAUGUUUUUUAAUUGAUUUCAUGGUAGCUAUGAUGGUAUCUUUUUCUUGUGUA